GCCAUCUUUCUGCUUUGAUCCUGAACAUAAACAUUUCAUGGUAAACUUAGGUCAGAGCUCAAAGACUGAGGACUGCAGCUGUUUCUCCAGCUGACACCCUUCCAGCAGCCAGCAGGCCAGCUCUGUCCGGCUCAGGUCCAACUCUCUGCAUGCGGCCCUAGGAGCAGCAAGAGGCGGGUUUCUGCCGCGAUCCUCCGCGGAUGGUGCGGUGCGGUGCGGUGCGGGGUGGAUCAUCCGGAGAGGCCGUGGCAGACAUUUUAUCCACGGUCUUCAGGAGCCCGAAAACUCUGCCGGGGACAUCCGAGGACAAGACUGUAACACUAAGACCUUUGAGGCUGUGAAAUGUGAAAAAAAGCUCCAGUUUUUCACCCUCAGAAGUUGCUCGAUCUGAAGCUGUGUCCACAUCCUGACACCUCCCUGACUCGGGCAUGCCUCAGCCGGGUAUGAAUGGGAUGGAGCCUGCAUUUGGCGAGGCCUACGGGGGCCACAGGGGACUGCUUAGCCCCUGCCCGCUGGCCAUGUCGCCACAGGGGGGCAGGACAGAGUACGAUCAGAGUGUACUCCUGAUGCUGGGCUCCCCAGCAUCACCAAGGAAACGACCCUUCGAGCUGCUGAGUGACCUCGUGGACGACGGAGGGUUUGGCGAGGACCAGCAUCCGGAGCGUUGGGACGUGUCUGCGCUAGAUGAAAUGGCUCGCUACACUAAACUAGGCCUUGGAGUUGGAGGGGAGCUACUGGCCUGCUCAGAGGAGGACAUCCUGAUGGGCCGCUGGGGGCGGAGCUGGGAGGAGCAGGAGCAGGAGGAGCAGUGGAAGAGGAGGGACAGGUGCGCAGCCCCCCCCAUAACCCAGGAAGUCAAGGUCACAGCUGUGGGGAAGGAGGAGGCACAUAGCUCUGUUACCAUAGCAACACAGAGGGAGUUGUGUGCUGCAGGAAAAGGGAUUGGAGUUGUACAGGACGAUGAGGUGUCAAGGGAGUCCACAGUGGAGGUGUAUCAGGUGGAGGAAGAGGCCGAAGGACAGGAGGUGGUGGCAGCAGCAGGGCUGGUUCUGGAGCACUGCAGCGAGGAGCACAACUACUCUCUGGGCCAGGGAGGGGAGAAGGCUGCAAGGCCGACCCAUAACUCCGAGCCUGAGGAGGCGCAAGAGGCCGACCUUCAGAAAGAGGUCCAAGGCAGCGAGGACAGCCAGGCUAACACCGAGCUGGAAGAGGAGGAUGACGAUGAAGAGGAAGAGGAGGAGGGAGCAGAGGAAACAGCAGUGGAGGCUGAGCUUUCCAGCUCCUCAGAAACUGAAUGUGCAAGGCUUCAGGGGGAAGGAGAUCACCUUGAGCACCUCAGAUCUCUGGAUGUUGCCGGAUUGUUGUGUCUGACACGUGUCUUCAGCAUCCCAUGGCGAUCGAGGAGAGUGCCCAUUGACUGGCAGUCUGGGGUGGUUUUUCCCUUCCAUAAGAAGUAA